AUGGGUCAGACUUUGUCGGAGCCCGUCGUUGAAAAGUUAUCCGACAGUGGCGCAGAUGACUGUGUCCUGUAUGGCCUUUCGGCCAUGCAAGGAUGGCGCAUAAGUAUGGAAGAUGCACAUGCUGCAAUACUCGACCUACAACCCGAACAGAAUGGACAAACUCUGAAACCUGCUCCCCCUGAUAAACGUCUUUCGUACUUUGGAGUCUACGAUGGGCAUGGUGGUGAGAAAGUGGCCCAGUUCGCGGGUGAAAACAUACACAAGAUUGUGGCCAAACAAGAAGGCUUUGCCAAAGGUGAAAUUGAGCAAGCACUCAAGGACGGGUUCCUGGCAACAGACCGUGCAAUCUUGUCAGAUGCCCGGUAUGAGGACGAAGUCUCUGGCUGCACUGCUUCGGUCGGUGUGAUCUCAAGAGACAAAAUAUGGGUUGCGAACGCUGGUGAUUCCCGCUCAGUACUCGGUGUGAAAGGCAGAGCAAAGCCUUUGUCAUUUGACCACAAGCCACAAAACGAAGGCGAGAAGGCUCGUAUUAGUGCCGCUGGCGGUUUCGUCGAUUUCGGUCGUGUCAAUGGAAACCUGGCCUUGUCACGUGCUAUUGGUGAUUUUGAGUUCAAGAAGAGUGCUGAUCUUUCACCUGAACAACAAAUCGUCACAGCUUUCCCUGAUGUGAUAACACAUGAAGUGUCGAGUGACGAUGAGUUCCUCGUCAUCGCUUGUGAUGGCAUCUGGGACUGUCAGUCAUCGCAAGCCGUUAUUGAGUUUGUUCGCCGAGGCGUUGCUGCAAAGCAGGAACUGCAUCUUAUAUGUGAAAACAUGAUGGACAACUGUCUGGCUUCCAACAGCGAGACUGGCGGUGUAGGCUGUGACAACAUGACCAUGAUUGUCAUUGCCCUUCUCAAUGGAAAGACCAAGGAGGAAUGGUACGAUCUUGUUGCCAAACGUGUGGCCGAUGGUGAUGGUCCAUGUGCACCACCAGAGUAUGCUGAAUUCCGUGGCCCCGGAGUGAGACAUCAAUUUGAUCAUGACAGUCCUGAUGAUGAGUAUGAGUUAGAUCUAGACCAUCGAUCUAGAGGAUUCGGCGGUCGAAAUGGCCGGAUUAUCCUUCUCGGAGACGGCACCGAAGUAUUGACCGAUUCAGACGACGCAGAAAUGUUCGACCAAAGCGAAGAAGACAAGGACACAGCAAACCAGGUGAAGAAAGAGACCCCCGACACUUCCGACUUGGACUCGACCCGGAACGAGCGAGAAGGAACGCCAGGCCCGCAAUCAGCCAGUGAUGACAACAAAGCAUCUAGCCAUCGAGAUGCAUCCCAUGGGCCCGGUACCGAGAUCAAAGCAGUUGCUGAUGAAACAGUGGAGAAGAAAGCUGCGUGA